AUGCCUCUUGCCACAGCAAAAGCCGGCCACCGGCAAGGAGCGCUGCACGAUACGCGAGACUUUGCGCGUCUAUCGCACUUUCUGCAUAUAUUUCACCAGGCCCUCAACCAGGAGCAAGAGCUGAGCAUGCAGCAACUCGAAGAAGAGCUGCUGCAAGAUACCGGGGUUGUUCGCGCGCUGCUGAAGCGUGCGCUGCGGAUACUUACUGGCAACCGACACAUGGAGGAGAAGAGGAUAGAAAAGUACGUUGAGCGUGCGUGGGAGCGGCACCUGGCGGGAUACGCAGAGCUUCCCGAUUCGUUCGCCGAGCUUGGGCUGUACGGCGUGGAUGUGCGUGAGCGCACGCGGGUGGUGCUGGAGACCUUGGAGCUGGUGUUUGUGCGGCCCGAUAAUCUGCGGCAUAUCAGCAGCGUUGGGCAGCAGGACGCGCAGCAGUGGCGUGUAGAGCCUGUCGGCGUGGACUCGGUAAGCCGCACAUACUGGCUGCUGUGUGGCGAUCGGCUGUAUCGCGAGACGCCCAAGAAGUCGCUGCUGCUGAUCGAGAAGCACAACCGUGAGGCCGGCGUCAAUAGCCGCAGAUCAACGAGGCUGUCAGAGCAGCGCGGGCCGUUGGUCGAUCCGCCGAGGCAUGACGACAUUGAGGACGACGGGGCGCUGUGGGAGCUGCUGUGUGCGAGUUACGAGGAGUGGGUGUAUUUCCCGAACGUGCUCGAGCAGCUGACCAGCAAGGCCGAUCGCACGGUUUACAGGCGCGUGAGCAAAAUUGCGCCAGGAAUUGCCACAAGGCUGCACAGCGAGAUCAAGAAACAGGAGCUGCUGGAGCUGCUGGCUACACGCAAACGGUCGACGCGCAUUGCUAAGAAGGAGGCGAUGAAGCACCAGCGCGAGAUCAUCGAGCAGGAAGAGCAGAUGGCCGAGGGCGACUAUCGAAGGUCAAAGCGGAUAAAACAUUCGGCCGAAGAAGAAGAGCCCAUCCACCCAAUGCUGAUAGACACGCGCGAUCUCCGAGCACAGCGGCGCGAGCAAGCACGCCUGGAGGCAUUGGAGCGGGAGCAGAUGAAGAAUAUCGAGAUCGAGCAUCCGGCGCACCAGCCGCCGCCAGUGGAGGAGGAGGCUGCGGCAGAGGGUGAUGCGGAAGAGAGCUGGAUGUUUAUGUGUGCAUGCGGCAAGGCUGGCCGCAACUACGACGAUGGGCGGGCGAUGACGGCCUGCGAGCGGUGUCUGGUGUGGAGCCAUCUUGGGUGUUCGCUGCGGGCAGAAGCACGGAGAUUGGGCCGCGAGAUCGGCGAGGACGAGUGGGAGCAGCUCAGCUACGUGUGUCCAAGCUGUCGCUCGUCCCAGCAAAAUUAA